AUGCACCGAGAGAUCCCACGUGACUACUAUCAGAAGUUGGAGACCGAGAUAGAGCGCUUGAAGGAAGAAGUUGCCUCACUACGUUCGCCACCCGACACUACUCUCGCUUCCGAGACGAAUGACUCGGGGCAGACGCCGUCUUCUUAUGGAAGUACCGCGCCACCCACUGCCCAAACCUCGUUGGAUCAACAAGAGUUAAUCAAAUCCUUUGCAUUGGUGGUGCUUGAACCAUCCGAAGAGCCACGAUGUUUGGGCACAUCUAGUGGCGUAACUUUGGCCAAGAUGGUGCUCGGCUCGCUCAACUGCAGUCCACCAGAGGCCUUGAACCCUCGUCGAGAUCAGGCCUCCACGGCCCAGAAAACUUGUCCGCUACCGCCCAUAGAGUCUGCUGAGUAUUUGAUUGAUGUUUACUUCCAGUGCCGCACACCACAUUUCCCGAUCCUAGAUCGCAAAGACGUUAUCGACUUGGUCAACCAUGCCUAUUCUGUAGCCGAGAAACCAAAAGCAACACUGUCAAAGAUUGAGAAGAAGGAUCUGUUCAGAGCAUUCAUGGUCAUGGCGAUUAGCUUGUGCAGCAUCCACACGACGAGCGGCGGGCGACCGGAAUAUGAAGGUUUCUUUUACUCGGCCUUGCAGUACCUGGAUUCGAAUCUGAGUUUCCAAAGGACUGACGUCGAGACCUUACGUAUUAUUCUCCUGCUCUCUCAAUUCGUAUCCCUUGCGCCGUCCAAGGGAAAUCUAUGGCUCUUGACCGGGCUUGCUCUACGGGUCAGUCUUGAUUUGGGUUUGCAUUGGGAAACACCGGAAGCCUUGAAACUUGAGCAAACCCGACUCGAUGCGCGGCGGCGGUUGUUCUGGGCAACUUAUUACUUCGAGAGACUGCUCGUAGUCACUCUAGGCCGGCCCUUUGGAGUAGAGGAACAGAGCGUGAACGUUGGGUUUCCGGGCGCUUCAGACCCUGCUAGCGACAGGCAUACCCAGACCGCUACAAAUCACCUGGUUCAGCUGGCCAGGUUCGACUCUGAGAUUAAACAUGUCCUCUACCGCCGAGAACACGCUCCAUCUCUAGCAUACCCGCAGCCCGAUCCUCCCACCUGGAUGGAGGACAUCGAACUCCGCCUGAACGCAUGGUAUUCAUCCAUUAGCUCGCUAGAAAAGACGUGUCCCGACAGCGUCUACUCGUCGCAGCACUGGUGGGAUGCAACCUACAACUACACACUAUUGCUACUCCACAGACCAGCGCCGCGAAACCCAGUGCCCAGUCCCAGAUCUCUGGCUGUAUGUUUUGAGGCAUCGACAUGUGUAAUCACGUGCGUUCGAACGCUUCUACGAGAGAACAAGCUGGGCAUGCUCUGGGUCUGGACACAUCGAUUGUUCGUUGCCGGGCUGCUCUUCACUUAUGCCGUCCGAAACUCUCCUGAGCUACGCAGGUCGAAAGCACCAGCGCAGAUCAUCAACAUGGCGCAAAGCUGCGCCAGCACCAUGGCUGUCCUGGCGGAGCGUUUCUCGGGUGCGGCUGGGUGCCGCAAUGCACUGGAGACAUUGGUCUCAAGUACUGUAAUGGCUCUGAUGGACCCCCACGGCGACAGCUUCCCCAGCGCCGGCGACACCACCUACCCAGUGCAUCAACAAGACGCGCCGCAGGCUUCGUAUGCACCGUCCGACUUCGGAGGAGACCUGUUCCAGAAUAUGCAUUCGAUGUUGGCGGAGGACAUGUUUGGCAUUUAUCAGGGUGCUGACCCUUCAACCGCGUGGCCGGACGCAGCAGACAAUUUUGGGUUCAACAUGGGCCAAGAUCAGUGGUCAUUGACGGGCUGGGCUGGGAUGGAGAUGGAUGAAUAG